UUGGGCAAGGCCGGUUGCCUAUCGAUAGUUGCGAUAGCCCAGCGAUAACGUUUGGCAGGCUUUACAGAGAACGCUCUUUUCUGGAAAAGAUUUGGCAAUUUAUAUUUACAAAUUGCAAAUAGCCAAGUUUGCAAUGUCGGAAAACAAUGAAGCGUCGGUCGAAACUAACUGUUUCCGAGGUGGCUUCACCCUGAAGGCUUCGCGCCUGGGCGGUGCCGUGCUGCGUCCGGCGGUGCUGGCCAACAGCAGCGGCUCCAGCAACAGUUCCACAGCACUGGCCGCCGGCGAGGACGCAGCCCUGCUGAAUAAUCCCUUCCUGCGCGAGGCCAAGGACGAGGAGGACGACGAGGAGGUGGCCACCACCCCGGCCCCGGUAGCGCCCGAACCGUCCGCCGAGAAGGAGGACGACGAGGUUGACGAGCGGCCGGAUCCGCUGACCAAGCUGCGCAGCAAUGGCAUCGAGCGCUCCAGCAUGUUUGCCGCCGCCAAGAACAACAUGCCCCAUGUCCAGACCAGCGGCUUUGUCUUCGGCCAGAAUGUGCAUGAGCGUGUGGUUGCUCCCAAUCCGGAGCAGGCCGUCGCAGAGCCGGAUGCAGAGGCGGCCGGCAGCUCGGGAUCGGGCUCGGCCCAGGAGGCCGCCUCCUCCUCCACCGCCGCCUCGUCGUCGUCGUCGCAACUACUUUUCUCUAGCGUCAUCCAGAACGCUGCCCAGACCACAGAGACCAGCGAGGCCGCCGCCGCCGCCUCGUCCUCCACCUGCAGCAGCAGCAGCAGCAACAACAACAAGGAGUCCGCCGAGGCCAAGAGCCUCACGGAUGUGGCCCGCGAGUACGAGGAGAGCCGUGCGCAGAAGCGCAAGUACGAGGAGGUGGAGACCUUCACCGGUGAGGAGGACGAGAAGAACAUCAUCGACGUCAGCUGCAAGCUGUUCGCCUUCAUCAACAGCAACUGGGAGGAGCGCGGUCGCGGAAGCCUGCGGCUGAACGAUGCCAAGGACGGCAGGGGCAACUCGCGCGUGGUCUUCCGCACCUCCGGCAAUCUGCGCCUGCUGCUCAACACCAAAGUCUGGGCCGCCAUGGUGGCGGAGCGGGCCAGCCAGAAGUCACUGCGCCUGACGGCCAUCGACAAUUCCGGAGUCCUCAAGAUCUUCCUGGCCAUGGGCCGACCGGCGGACAUUGCCCAGCUGCACAAGGCGCUCAGCGAGCGGAUCGCCAAGCGCAAGCUGUCACAUCCCGAGGAGUGCUCCGUGGAGGAGACGAAAAACGGCGUGGCUUCCGAGGCCGCGGCCAGUUUGCAGCCGGAAUCGACGACCCACGACGACGAGGAUGAGGACGCUGCUCCCGGGCCGUCGGGUGCCAUUUCUGCAGAGGCGGACAGCUAUGGGCCGAGUCCCAAGAAGGUGCUCGUCCAGCCCGACAGCAGCGCCGAUGUCCGUGUGCCGCCCGUGGAGGAGGGCGGCGAGGAUGCCGAGGCCGAGGCCAAGGAGUCCACCGAUCAGAAUUAACCGCCGCUCGCUCUUGUUCUUUUUAUACGAUUCAUACAUGGAGGAAAACAAACCACAAACAACAACCACUAAUUAAUAAAACGCGCCGUGAAUUAUUAUAAAUUAAUUAUAAUAAUUUAUUAAUAAUUAUUAUUAUUAAAAGUAAAAUAAAUGAAGUGCUGAUUUGUAAACCCGUGAGCAGCGUCUACAAAAGACAUUUAUCCAUUA